AUGCCAUUGCGAUGGCGAGCUUUGCUGGGCAUGUCCUGGACCGCCCAAUCUAUGGGUAGCCCAGCGUCAAGAUGGAUAUUAUGGGGGAUGUUAACCACUUGGCUGGCUGUUGCCAGUGCCAUGACGCCGGCAAGGAUAGCAGAAUUACGACAGGAGACUGUGGAUAUGUUCUACCAUGGGUUCGACAACUACAUGAACGUCGCAUUCCCCGAGGAUGAGCUGCGACCAGUAUCCUGCAUACCGUUGACUCGAGACUCCCAAAAUCCGCGAAAUGUCGAACUUAACGACGUCCUGGGCAAUUACUCCCUCACUCUAAUUGACAGCCUCUCGACCCUCGCCAUACUGGCAUCUGCCCCUCCGGAUCGAGCGGGUACUGGUCCCAAGGCUCUGCGGGACUUCCAGAACGGUGUGGCUUCAUUGGUAUCACAGUAUGGAGAUGGUACAAGUGGUGCUGCGGGCCAAGGGCAAAGGGCGCGGGGUUUCGAUGUUGACAGCAAAGUCCAAGUUUUCGAGACGGUGAUUAGAGGAGUAGGUGGUUUGUUGAGCGCACAUCUAUUCGCUGCUGGAGAGUUGCCAAUCACUGGAUACAAGCCUCGACGGGCGUCGGGAGCAAAACGAAAGCUACAGAAGGGGGAGAUACCUGCGAUCGCGUGGCCGAAUGGAUUCAAAUACAAUGGGCAGCUACUUCGACUGGCUUUGGACCUUGCUCAGCGACUCCUACCGGCUUUCUACACAGCUACGGGAAUGCCGUACCCGCGUGUGAAUCUACGGCAUGGAAUACCGUUCUAUGCGAACUCCCCUUUAAAUCAGGAUUCCGAUCCCGACGACUUCGUCCAGGAAGGUGCCCCGGAGAUAACGGAGACUUGCAGCGCAGGGGCUGGCAGUCUGGUUCUGGAAUUCACGGUACUGAGCCGGCUAACUGGGGAUCCAAGAUUCGAGCAACUUGGCAAGCGAGCAUUUUGGGCAGUCUGGGCUCGGAGGAGCAACAUUGGACUUAUUGGAGCUGGCGUUGAUGCUGAAAAUGGUCAUUGGAUCGGACCAUAUGCAGGCAUUGGUGCUGGAGCAGACAGCUUUUUUGAGUAUGCGUUAAAAACGCAUAUCUUACUUUCUGGACAUGAACAACCGAAUUUAACGGUUCCUUUCAAAGAGCCACACCAGUCAUGGUUGGAUCCAAACACCAUCUAUAAUCCCUUGAGUGUGGAAGAGAAUUCUUCAGAGGCAUUUCUGGAAGCGUGGCAGGAAGCACACGCUGCGAUCAAGAGGCAUUUGUAUAGUGGAACGCAUCAUCCUCAUUACGUUAAUGUUCACCUUACCACGGGAUCACCCCAAGCAUAUUGGAUUGAUAGCUUGGGCGCAUACUAUCCUGGCCUGUUGACACUCGCUGGAGAAGUGGAAGAAGCCAUCGAGACCAAUCUGUUGUACACAGCGCUCUGGACUCGAUAUUCAGCUUUGCCAGAGAGAUGGUCCGUCAGAGAUGGUCAGGUCGAAGGUGGGCUAGGCUGGUGGCCGGGACGACCGGAAUUCAUUGAGUCAAAUUAUCAUCUCUAUAGAGCUACUCGGGACCCUUGGUAUCUGCAUGUUGGCGAGAUGGUGCUCGAGGACAUCAAGCGACGAUGCUGGACGAAAUGUGGUUGGUCUGGACUCCAGGACGUCCGAACGGGAGAGAAGAGUGACCGGAUGGAAAGCUUCUUCCUUGGCGAGACUGCAAAAUAUCUCUAUCUUCUCUUUGACACUGACCAUCCUCUCAAUGCGCUCGAUGCAGCCUAUGUCUUCACCACAGAAGGUCAUCCUCUGCUCAUUCCAAAAGCCAAGACUGCAAAAGUUGUUAAGCGAAAGGUUCCGUCUACCAAAGCGCUCCAAACUUAUGAUGCGCUGGAUGUGAGAGAUACAUGUCCAGUGGCCCCGGCGACUCUUCCUCUCACAAUAUCGGCAACUGCAGCAAGAAGCGACAUAUUUCACGCUGCGAGUUUGAUAGGCUUGCACAUGAUACCAAACAUGCAUGCGAUCGAAGGCAGCAUAAGCUCCAAUUUGGUCGAUGACCAGCAAGAAUCGGGCUCGCAGACGGCAAAUUACACAUAUUAUCCUUGGACUUUGCCAACGACACUCAUGCCAGUUAAUGGAACUUGUGCCAGGCUACCUUUGAAACAAACGUUUAGUAUCGAAUUUCCAGUCACCACUCCGUUGACAACAGCAUCUGCGGCUUCCAAUUUCUUGGUUCUUGGACCACAAGGGCUCGUACGUUUAAAUGAGGGAAUCCUUGUUAAAAGUCUAUCGGGUAUCAGAAUAGGUAUGGUUUACGAAUCGCCAUCUCCUUUCCGGACAAUUGAUGGGCCUCUUAUGGAGUCGUACCGGGUUUCGAGUAUUGCCAAUAUGCCACUUGGUAGAGAUGAGCAAAUCUUCAUCCCCCGCGAUGUCAUUGGUGAAAUGAUAGACCCUUCGUUCACACGCAUUCGAGAUACAAUCAUGGCAGACAUUGUUCUCCAACUUGAGAAUCCUGUCGUUGUCAACAACACUGCUACCGGAAGUGUCAAAGAAUUCUACAAGUCCGAGACAAACCAAGAUAGCUUUGAAGAUCGUCCAACAGUCUCCUUCGAAGACUCAAAUAGCGGUAUCGCUGCUGAAUAUAGGACUUUGAUAUCCUCGCUCAUUCGCCAAGUUACAUCUGCUCUCAAGGAUCCUGCGGCGACUCUUCUCCCAGAACCCGAAAUUCCGUUGACAUAUCACCUCACCACUCUGCCAGCAAUCUCUCCCACGGGUAUGGGCGCAGCACCUUUCAUCGAAGUGGCAGACGCACCAAAUCCCAACCUUGGGCCGCAAGCCGAUACUCUCACCUGGUCAGGAAUAUACUUUGCUGGAGAAUCCUGUCACGGUAAACUCCCUGACGAUGCGGCAAAGAAACACAACAUCAUUGUGAUUCGUCGUGGCGGCUGUACAUUUUCACAGAAGCUCGCGAAUAUCCCAAGUUUUGUCCCGUCAGCAAAGAGCCUAAAGCUUGUGAUUAUGAUAUCAGGCUCGGAGGACGAGGAAGAUGUGGAUGGUAUGCCAAAAGGAAGCGGAGAACAUUUGAUCAGACCACUGUUGGAUAAGGCGCAGGUUACGCCGAGUGGGUUAGUAAGACACCACCAGAUCUCGAUGGUCAUGGUUGGAGGUGGCGAUGCGACUGAGGAAUUACUUAGACGCACAAGAAGUGUUGGGUUGAGAAGGAGAUACCAUGUCGAGAGUCAGGGCAUGGUGAUUGGAAAUAUCAUCGUGGUGUAG